AUGGCUUCUGACCCAGGUGGAGGAGAGGGGAGCUGGGCUGAUGAUCCACGGAAAGCCCAGAGCCUGGAGUGUGGCCUGCAGCAUGGAGAGGAGAGUUUGGAAAUGGUGGCUGUGCAGGCAGGACUAUCUGCAGCUGAGGAGCGGCCGAGUGCUGAUCCAUCUGCUGAAGAACCUCAGUACAGGAGACUGUUCUCUAAUGUCUCCAGACCGGCGAACCCCCCACCUCAGAGGAGGAACGCAGUCAGAAUCAGGUUCACAGGACCAGAGGAGAACAUCCCCUCCAGACUGUACAUUGGGAAAGUUCUUCUGAAAGAGUUCAUGAAGUUUAAGGCUUCUGAGGUGGACGCUCUGAUCCAUAUUCCCUCCACCACGAAUUAUGAUGUCAGCUUUAAGCUUCAGUACAGUCUGGAUUUAUUCUGGAGCAUUUAUAAUGAUACUAAAGAGAACAAGAUUUGGGAGCACCUCAGAGUGAUCCAGCUGUCUAGGCCCCAGGUGGUCACGGCCACUGUCCUCUUCCAGUCAGAGGUGGUCGCACUGGCCGAUCUGGAGCUCUGGCUGAACAGACAGUGUAUAGUAGAAAGCCGACCAACAGAAAUCUAUGAUGGGGAGGGUAUAUGGAAUGGGGGCUACACUGUCAUCGUCCAACACAACGGGGUGACCAGCCAUCUGCCGCACUCCUACCUGGGCUCUGAGAGAGGGAUAUGUUAUUACCCUGGGCAGCCGCGCCUGUGCCAUAGAUGUGGGGGCAGACACUUCGCCCACAGCUGCUCUCGCACCAAGUGCUCAUUAUGUGGACAGUUGGGGCAUGUAAAGGACGAGUGCACAGGCCCGGUCAUCUGUAACCUGUGCUUAGGACAGGGCCACGCGUUCCGGGACUGUCCGCACGCAGAACACAACAAGAUUACUGAGGAGAUGUUCACAGAAAACAUGGAGGAAGAUCAGGAGGAUGUUGCUGCAACUACAUUAUACACAUGCUGA